AUGUCCGAAUCUGACGGCGAUGGCGCCACGGAGAAGGUUCUGGGGAUGGACUGGAGCAGGAAGCCCGGAGAUCCGGCCGACCCGGCCGUGGACGCGGAGUGGAUCGCGGGGAUGGCUGGGCUGGGGCUCGACACUAACUUCAUCGUCGUGCACGGCGCUGGGUCUUUUGGCCACUUUCAAGCAAGUAGAUCCGGAGUUCAUAAAGGAGGGUUACAUUCGACACUGGUCAAGGCUGGCUUUGUCGCUACAAGAAUUUCAGUGACAUCUCUCAACCAGGAAAUUGUUAGAGCCCUGGCAAGAGAAGGAAUACCAUCUGUUGGGAUGUCACCAUUUGCUUGUGGGUGGUCUACCAGGCAAAGAAAACUUGCAUCCGCAAAUGCUUCUCAAAUAAUUCAGUCACUCCAUGCAGGCUUUGUCCCAGUUUUGCAUGGUGAUGCAGUUCUUGAUGAAUUACUGGACUGUACCAUAUUGAGUGGGGAUGUCAUUAUACGACAUCUUGCACAGCUUCUAAGUCCGAAAUAUGUUGUAUUUCUGACAGAUGUCCAUGGAGUAUAUGAUCGCCCUCCAACUGACCCAAAUGCGGUACUCCUGAGAGAAAUAGAGGUGGAUGACAAUGGAGGCUGGUCGAUUGUAAAACCUGCAUUGCUGCAAGGCAACACUAAAGGAGUGGAGAUAUCAGUAGCAGCACAUGACACCACCGGUGGGAUGGAGACCAAAAUACUGGAGGCUGCAGUGAUAGCUAGGCUUGGAAUCGAUGUGUAUAUUACCAAGGCUGGAACAGAACACUCGCUGGGGGCCUUAAAGGGAGAUGUGAGCACUGACUCGGAAGAUUGGCUUGGAACUAUUAUACACUCUUCCAAAUAG